AUGGCGGAGCCAGCACAGAAGAAGGCUCGCACUGCGCGCACCUUCCUUUUCUCUUCCGAGUCGGUGAACGAAGGUCACCCGGACAAGAUCUGCGACCAGGUCUCAGAUGCCGUCCUUGAUGCCUGUCUGAAGGUGGACCCCAAGAGCAAGGUGGCCUGUGAGACCGCCACCAAGGACAACAUGGUCAUGGUGGCUGGUGAGAUUACCACCGGAGCCAAGCUCGACUACGAUAAGGUGGUGCGUGGAGUAGUGGCGCAGAUCGGCUUCGACAGCUUCGUAGAUGAUCUGUCCAGUGUGGACAGCAAAGGCUUGAGCCACAAGACCUGCGAGGUCUUGGUGCGCAUCAACAAGCAGAGCCCGGACAUUGCCGGUGGAGUGCACGUUGGCAAAGACGAGAUGGACGUGGGCGCCGGAGACCAGGGCAUCAUGUUCGGGUAUGCCAGCGACGAGACUUCGGAUUGCAUGCCUUUGACACACAGUAUGGCCACCCGGCUCGGCAAGACCCUGACAGAAGUGCGCAAGAGCGGCGAGUGCUGGUGGCUGCGACCCGACGGCAAGACGCAGGUGACGAUCGAGUAUAUGCAGCAUCCGGAUGGGUCUGUUGAGCCAAAGAAGAUCCACACUGUGGUGAUCUCUACGCAGCAUGCGGAGCCAUCCAAGGCCAAGCGAACUCAGGAGUGUGCUGGCUACACCGGUGCCGAGAUGGUUGCACCAAGCAUGGAGCAGAUGAACAAGGAGAUCGAGGAGAAGGUCAUCAAGCGAACUCUUCAGCAGAUCAAGCUGAAGAGCGGCCAGCCUGCCAUCAGCCUCUAUGGCAGUCACACACACCUGCACAUCAACCCCUCCGGCAAGUUCAUCAUUGGCGGUCCUCAGGGCGACGCAGGUCUCACCGGACGGAAGAUCAUCAUUGACACCUAUGGAGGCUGGGGCGCACAUGGCGGUGGCGCCUUCUCUGGCAAGGACCCCACUAAGGUGGACCGCUCCGCUGCCUACAUCUGCCGUCAGAUGGCCAAGUCCGUGGUCAACAGCGGCUUGAGCGCGCGUUGCCUGGUGCAGCUGUCGUACGCCAUCGGCGUGGCCAAGCCCCUGUCCCUCUUUGUGGAGACUUACGGCAGCGAGAAGGGCAGCCUGAACGUGGACGACAUCACCAAGGUGCUGAAGAUCGAGUUCGACUGCCGGCCUGGUGCCAUUGCUCAGUCCCUGGCUUUGCGUGAGCCAAAGUACCAGGAGACGGCGGCUUACUGCCACUUCGGCCGCGAGCCCGUCACCAAGGAUGGCAUCAAGUUCUUCGAGUGGGAGAACCCCAAGGACCUGUCUAAGUACAAGGCCAUGAGCACGGCUCAGGUGGAUGCUGCGCUGAAGGGCAGCACGCAGAGCGAGCCGAUCUGGACGGCCAAUCGUGAAAACGCUGAGCUGAGCUGGCCGGAAUUUCGCUUGAUUGAAGUGCCCGUGAUGCGAAGCCUCUCUCGUCGAGACGUCGUGCAUAAGAAGAGAUUUCCAGCAAUCUACCUGGCGACGAUCAUAGGAAAUCAGCAGCCUCAUGUGCUUUUCAUCGUGGCAGAUGACCACGGUUGGGGCAACUUGGGCGUCCAUCGCCGGGAUACUGGAGAUUCCUUGGAGGAGCUCCAGGGAAAGUUGGAGGUUCACACGCCCGCUCUCGACAGGCUCAUCGACGAAGGAAUCUUGUUGGACCGCCACUACGCCAUGCAUGUUUGCUCCCCCAGCCGUUCCUCCUUGCAGUCGGGCCGCCUUCCGGUGCACGUGAACCAGGCCUUGAACGACAAUGACCUGACGUUAGUGAAUCCAAAGGAUCCAGUGAGCGGCUAUGCAGGGAUCCCGCGGAACAUGACGUGCAUCGCUGAAAAGUUACUCGCGGCUGGCUACCGCACCCACAUGGUCGGGAAGUGGGAUGUCGGCAGUGCGACGCCGCAGCACUCACCGAAAGGUCGGGGAUAUGAGACUUGGUAUGGUUUCUACGGCCAUUCUAACGAUUAUUGGCACGCGACAACCCCGAUGACUUCAGGGUUCGGAUCUGUUGACGUGUGCUUGAACCAGAUGAAAGACUUGUCCAUGCACAAUUCAAGCUACUGCGGUCCCGUUCUCGACGAUGUCUCCUUGUCAGCGGUGUGCGAAAGCGACGAUGAUAAGGAAUCUGAACCGUCAUGUUACGAGGAGCAUCGUUUCAAAGAGAGGGUGCUGGAGAUUAUCCGGUUCCAUGACACAGAAAAGCCCUUGUUCCUUUUUUAUGCCUUCCAUUUGCUUCAUCUUCCUUUGCAAGUGCCGCAGAUGUGGCUGCGACGAAUCGACGACCUUGUUAAAGCGGCAGGUGGCAAUCCGAUUGAUUCCCAAAAUCGACGACUGUAUGCUGCCAUGACUCUUUACAUGGAUGCCGCGAUAGGCGAAGCAGUCGAAGCCUUAAAAAAAAAGAAUAUGUAUGACAACACGUUGAUCAUCUUCGUUUCCGACAACGGCGGUCCAAUCUAUGAGCCCGGUGGUGCCUCAAACCAUCCUCUGCGAGGAGGGAAAGAAACCCUUUUCGAAGGAGGUUUCCGAACGAAUGCCUUUGUCUCAGGAGGCUUCGUACCAGAAUCUCGACGUGGCACGAAGUUUGAAGGCGUCAUCAGCAUUGCGGACUGGUACGGGACGCUUGCAGAGCUUGCCGGCGUGGACAUUGAGGAUCAAAAAGCCGAGGCGGCCAACAGGUGGCUGCGGGAAAAGGGCCUCCCCCUGCUGUUUCCGGUAGACAGCGUGCCGCAGUGGCAAAACAUCCUCCACAACCGCAACGGCAGAGCGGAUCCUCUGCAUCUGGCCACGGAAGCCCUGCUGAUGUGGCCAUACAAAUUGCUCACUGGCAAAAGCAAGUUUGGUGGCUGGACAGGGCCCGUCUAUCCGAACUGCUCCACCGUGCAAAGCGUUCAAAGUCAACAAGGACCACUGGCCAUACCGAUGCAUUCAGAUUCUGCUACAUAUUUGCCCGAGUUCUCCGACGAGAGCAAGGAGUUGCAAUCCUGGACUGUCGAUUGCGGUGAGGGUUGCCUUUUCAAUGUGAGGGAUGAUCCGACGGAGCACGUGGAUUUGGCCAAAGAUCCAGACUACAAAUCCACCUUUGAAAAAAUGCAGGAGACGCUGCAGCUCAUGAACCAGAACAUCUUCGAUCCCGAACGUGGAUCGCCGACGGUGGAAGCUUGUAUCGUGGCCAUCGAACACGGGCGAACCUUCGGCCCCUUCUUAGAUGUCGGGGAGUUCUACAGCCCUACACCUGAAAGGAGCCCAGAUCAGCAAGCUGAAGAUGCGGUACUGAGUUCCACACUGCGCGUCAUAAACAUGGACAACAACAAGCUGCGGUUUGUGGAGGAGCUGAUUGAGGAGGCGAAGCACAAUCCGCAUGUGUAUGACAAGCGGGUCUUCGGAACCAGUAAUCCCACAAAGGAGGAGGAGCAGCAGUCGAGGGCCAUCCGAAGUGCUUCUGGUGUUUUCGAAGAAGGUUCACGCAGGCUCGGCGAAUCUCAGAUCAAGAAAGCUUUGCGAAGGCUCUCCUCCGAUGCUCAUCUCCUCAGUGAGGACGACCACACGAGGCUCGCAGAUGUCGGGCUGCCUGUGCAAGAGAUCCGGAGGCGGCUCUCCACUGGCGAGGGUUUCUCAGAGAUGGAGAUCAUGACGUUGAACUCAGCUGCCCUCUCCCAAUCUCUCAACAGGCUAGCACCCAGCAUCAGCGAGAUGGAUGAGCAAGAUCGAGAAAGGCUGGAGACUUGUGGCAUGCCUGUUGAGGAGAUCAAGAGGCGAACACUGUGUGGGGAGGACUUCACCUUGGAGGAGAUUGACAGGAUUCACGCGAACGGAUUCUCCAUCGACGCGCUGCAGAGGUCAGUCAUGGCAGAAGAGCACGACGAUUCCGACGACGAGGAUAUGGGGCAAGUGCUCUUCACGAAAGCCAAGGCUGUCGCGAAAACGGUUCAGAUCUCGAUGCCCUUUGCUGAUGAGCUGGCGAGGCUGCUCCAAGAACGCUAUGUCAGUCAUGAGAAGUCGCAGACAAACGCCAUGCAAACCCAAGUUCUCGACGAGCUCCGUACCGCUGCAAGCAGCGCGGCAGACGACCCUUCCGAGAUCACACUGGCAGAGCUGGCCAAAGCUAUCGCAAGGGCCAUCCAUGCGGAGGUGGAGGAGGAGCAUAUCACUGAGGCCACGGAGCUCCUCCAAAUGCUCCGUGCUCAGUUCCUGCAGCAACUCCUGGAGGCCGCGAUGCACUUGGAGGAUAUCGCAGAGCUCGGGGCUAUGCUCACAGCCGUGGAAGCCGCCCCUGUGGCCGGAUGCCGACUUACGAGAGUGGCCCGUGACCAUGGGAGGUUCCAUCGGGACGGAGACAUGCCGAAGCCCAUCAGCUCAGACACGGAACAAGAACCGACAACCCCAGUGACUGUCAAGCGGAAGUCCAAGAAGAAGGUAACUAUGGGUGAGAAGAUCGAGGCGAUCACCCCUGAGCAGCAGAGCACCUUUGAGUCUGAUCAACAGACGAAGCCCUCACUCCAACGAGCUGGAACCCGGUAUGUGGCCAAGGCUGAGAACCAGGAGGAAGAUGAGGGAAACGAAUCAGCCACGGACGAAGCAGAAGACGGCGAGGACAUCUUCGAGGUGCAUUCCGAGCUGAGCCAGCUGGAAGAUUACGUCCAGUCCUGGGUGGUGAAGUACCGGAGAGCCAUCCACAACAGGCGAAAGAUCAGCUCGGGCAUGCGGCGGGCCCUGGACGAGAAGAUCUCUGCCAUCUCCAACGAGAUGCGGAGGCUCGAUCGGGGACGUGUGAGCGUGGCGUCUACAACCACAUCCGAGAUCUUCAUGCAGACGGCCUACCUUGGCCUAAAGACCAACCGGCGCUUUCGGAGCCUCCGAGAUGUCGUGCGGAAGGUACAGGAAGACAUCCGCACACGACGGAUUCUCCUGCUUUGGCGAGAGCAUUUGGAGAACAGCAGUCCCACAAAUAACUUGAGGGCGCAGCUGAUGAUGUCUGGAAGCAUGGACUUCGAAGAUGCUAUCGGCAAGCUCAACAUCGACAUUUGGGAUGGUGUGAAUGUUCUUGAGCUCGAGAGGGCCUGCAACGAGCCGAUGUUUCAGGUCUUCUUCGCGAUCUGGCAGCAGCACCACAUUGGACACUUCGUCAAGGCGAAGAAGCUGAAGGUUCAGGAGUAUAUAAAAGCUGUGGACAACGGCUACGUCAAGGCGAAUCCGUACCACAACAGUGCCCAUGCUGCAGAGGUGACUUUGAUGACGUACCAAAUCUGGUCGUACCUUUCGCAAGGAUCCUUCAAAGGCUACUUCGAGCAGGUGGAUCUGUUGGUCGUAAUGAUUGCAGCAGCCAUCCACGACAUCGCGCACCCUGCGACGAACAACGAUUUCCUAAUCAAGACCAAGAGUCCGCUUGCUUUGCGCUAUCACGACACCUCGAUUCUCGAGAAUUUCCAUCUGGCAACAGCUUUCGAGUUGAUGAGAGCAAGGGAAGUCUCGCUACUGGAGCACAAUCUGCCCAGCCCGCCGGUGACAUCACUGAGGAGGCGGGUUGUCGAUAUCGUCUUGGCGACUGACAUGGCGCGGCACAAGGAGCAAGUGGACGACAUGGGUCGCUUGGUCAGCCGAUGCACAAAUCGCCAGGAGAUCGAUAAGCACAAGCUGGAACAGUACAUCGUGCACAUGGCCGACGUGGGACAUCCGUUUCGACCAGUGGCCCAACAUCAGGAAUGGGCCCGCAGGGUGAACGAAGAGUUCAUCGCGCAGGGCGACCGCGAAAAGGAGCUUGGCUUGACGCCCAUCGACAUGUUCGAUCGGGACAAAGCACCGCCUCUGCCAAAGAAUCAGCUCGGAUUCUUGCAGUUUGCGGGUGAUCCCGCGAUGUCUAAAGACACAUUCGAGAUCGUAGUUGCUGAUGUGAAGGGGUUCUGGAACCGUUGGUCUGAAGCCGAGUUCCCACUUUUGAUGUGGGCUAAUGUUGCUAUCCAACUCUAUCCGGCCACGCAGCUCCAGCGCAGUCUCUCCUCGCUUCAAGAUGCCAUGCGCUUUGGGGAGGAAGCAGGUGCAUCGACCAUUCUCAUGUUCGCCGCAGAGGAGCUCAUGCGAGAUCUUCAACUUCGAAGGGCCCGUUACGACGACUUCAAUACUGAGAGGACUGGCGCAUGGACACACCUGCAGCAGUCGUUGCAAGGGCUACAGGCCACUCUCGCGGCGACUCUCUCCCAGAAGAAGGCUCUCCAACACACGCUGCUCACGCAAGACUGGCGGUCGACGAGGAUCCCCAGCCAGUUCCGGGAGCAGCAGCUUGCUGUGGCGGCAUGUCCUGUGAGCAAGAGCCUGCAGACAAGCCUCACGAAUUUCCUGGAGAUCAACUUUGCAUCGACCGACGACCUCAGGGUGAGCACUGAGAAUCUGAUCGAGCUGCUGCCGGCCAUUGCCGGACUUGUGGUCUUCUUCCAGCUUGAACCACCGACGGAUGUUCUGGGCUCGGAGAGCUCUUGGCUGGUUCAGGGCGAAGAGGGAAACAAGCAAAGCAAGGGCUUCGCUCCAGACUUCGGCAAGCUUGAGGGCGACAAUCCGGCCGGCAGUGUCAAGGAUCGGGCCGCGCUAUCCAUGAUCAGGCGUGCGGAGGCCGCUGGCAGGAUAAAACCUGGGGACACACUGAUCGAGGCCACAUCUGGCAACACCGGCAUUGCUCUGGCAGCCAUCAGUGCAAUCAAAGGUUACAAGCUCAAGCUCAUCAUGCCAGAGAACAUGAGCCUGGAGAGGCGCACAAGCAUGGCUGUAUAUGGCGCAGAGCUGAUCCUGGUAUCCACCGGUGCCAUGGAGGAAGCCAGAGACUUAGCCCAGGCUAUGCAGGCCCGCGGGGAGGGCAUCGUGCUGGACCAGUUCGGCAACCCAGACAAUCCUCAGGCACACUACGAGACAACUGGGCCGGAGGUGAUGAGGCAAACCGGCGGCCAGAUCACCCACUUUGUGAGUUCCAUGGGUACCACAGGCACGGCUAUGGGCACCUCGCGCUACUUCAAGGAGUUCAAACCCGAGGUUCAGAUCGUCGGACUCCAGCCAGCCACAGGUGCACAGAUUCCUGGCAUCCGACGAUGGCCGAAGGAAUACUUGCCGGGCAUUUUCGACGAAGCUCGCCUCGACCGCGUCAUAGACAUCACCCAGGACGAGGCGGAUGAGACGGCGCGGCAGCUUGCUAUCCAGGAGGGUCUCUUCGCAGGGGUCAGUAGUGGCGGAGCGGUCUCGGCAGCCUUGAAGAUCGCGCGUGAGGAGCCAGGCAGAGUAGUGGUGUGCAUCAUCUGCGACCGCGGCGAUCGCUACCUCAGCACCGGGGUCUUCGCUCCACCACCACCUUUGCAUCACAGCUGCAUUUCGGGCAACCUCGAUCUGACCUUGCAGAGCUACAGGAAGACGGUCUCAGAUCAACACACUCCGAUCUUCAUGCUCUUUACGGCCCCGUGGUGCCCAGAUUGCAUCACGGCUCUACCUGUCAUCGAUGGCCUGUUCGCCACGCACGUGCGAGGCGGCUCACUUCUUCGGUGCAUUGUGAGCAAGACUCGGGAGGAAUGGAAGGAUUCCACUCACCCGCUGCGCUCCGACCUGCGCUGGCGGGAGGCUCCAUUCCAUGGGGGCCUAGCGGCGGUCCCGACCCUGGCAUACUUGGGAACAGCUGCCGAUCCGCUCGAGCAGCCAGUCAUCCAAGCGGGUCUGGAGGGGCUCGAAGCAGCUGAAAUCGAGAGCAAGGUGGGGGCCUUCCUGAAGCAGCAUGGAUGUCGGUUGGAGUGA